GUACGUUGUACAUUCUGAUCCAAGGAUCAGCUGGAGGCAGCAAUAAACAAGGGAAAUCUGCGGCAGGACAACAUAGAGCAGAGGAAGGGGAAAAAUUGCCGCAGAUGUUAUGAUAUAAAGACAUCCGUGUAAAUUUUUUACACGAAGCCCUUCUUCUGAGAAGAAAGCCUUUUAUUUUUGUAUAGUGGUGUUUUAACUACCUCAUAUAAAGGCUAUCUAAAGCUAUGCUUUAAGAGCUGUGUCUAAAGUGUCGUUUACAUCUUAAAUAAUACUUCAAAGGCAGGCCUUUGUUUCAAACCAAGUGAAUCCUUACAUUUGCACUACGAAAGCCUCUUGAGUCCUGUUUGUCACACAUCUAAGACCAGACAAGAGGUUUAAAAAAAAAAAAAGGAACUCACGAAAACCAAACGGAUACCUUCUGAAAACAUCAACAAAAAGAAAAUUGUAAAAAAAAAAAAGGCAGCUAAAACCAUUCAACUCGAAGAAGCACUGGUGCAGUGAGCACUCAACAUCACGAGGAGCAAUGUUUCAGCGUCUUAGCAACCUGUUGUUCGGUGAAGUGGAGGAGGUGGCAGCUGAGUUAAAGGGUCCUAACCCGUGUCUGACGGAGGCUGAUGAGGAGGGAUGGAUGCUCGUCAACCUGCCUGAAGCAGACUGCAGGAUGCAGGUGGAUAAUAAAACGGGGACUCUUUCUGAACACAACAUCGCAUCAGAGCAUCAAAACGCACACACAAGGACAGAAUGCCACCCGCCCAAUAAGCGGCGUAGAACACACAAAGGCCGGGGCUCGGCGGACUCUUCCAAUGUCCCGCCUGGCUACAGCACAAGCCCAAUGCACUUGGGUGCUGCCACACCUGUGAGCCUGCCGAGACAAGUCAGACUAUCCACCCCUUCCUCCACCCCAUCGAUGUCCCCAGAUCCUGGGAGUGAGUGUGGGGGGAGCGGGGGUAGAAGUAGGGAAGGCUCGGAGCGAGGCUGCAUGGAUGAGAGUUGGUUUGUCACCCCUCCCCCCUGUUUCACUGCAGAGGGAGCCACAGCGGAGGCCAGUCCCAUGGAAGAUCUGCUCAUAGAGCACCCCAGCAUGUCUGUGUACGUUUCACCCAACAACACGUCCAUGGUCUCCACCAGCGACCUGUCUGUGGUGGGGGAGGAAUGCGUUCUCAGCCUGGCCAGCAGCGUCAGCAGAGUGUCUGAGCCAGCCGUCCUCCCAGCUACCCGAAGCACUAUGCCCACUAGGGUGACUCGUGCAGGGGCUGCCAACCCCGGAGCUCUGGCUAAGGUCACCCAGGUGGCCAGGGUCCAGCGUUGCAAAGCCCGCAUCGAUAGACGCCAUCUAAGCCGCAACCAUAUCCAGCGGCAGAAUCGCACCAGGGAGCAGGUUCCACGCCACGCGGCCCGUGCCAGAAACACCUUUCUUCACCAGCCCAGCAAGCGUAACUUCUGCCACUAAAGCAGCAACCACGAAGCAUUGUUUACCACGAGGGCAUUAGCUGUGCACUGUCAACUAAAUACACACAAAAAGUUCAUCCACAUUGACAAAUGUGCUUUGAUUCCCUCAGUUUAUAUUAAAAUCCCAUCUCUAAAACAGCUUCACAGAAUAUUAAAACAUAAUCUGAGUUUUGUUGUCUUAGAUCAGCUAAUAAUUGUAUUUUGAGGCCCUCCCCAUUCCAAAAAAAAAGAAAUGUAAUCAUCUUCAUUUAUUUUUUGCUUUUUUACACUGAAUGCAUUUACUCAUUAACUAUUAUGUUAAAAAUAUUAAGUUUAAAAAGGCAAAAUUGGAAGCAUUUGAGUGUUUUGACUUAAGCCUAAGUAGUAUUUUGCAGUGAAUACAAUUAAAAAUAUAAUUUCUCUCUAGUUAGAAAAAUAUUUUAUUCAGACUAAUUGGAAGUCUACCAUAGUGAGAGGAAAACCACUGUGCUUUUGUUAUCCCCACAUUUUUGCACUUGAAAGAUGACACGACGUAAGAGACAGAAUUUUCUUCUCUCAUCUGUCUUUUUUAGUGAUUAAAGCAAGUAGACGAUGGUGUGAGAAUGUGCAAAAGUUUAAACAAAGCCACAAUGAGUCAUGACGAAAAACACAAGGUUAGUAUAAAGCAGGAUGUUUUUGGUGUCAAUAACUGCAAAGAUAACCUUAGGUUGUAGGUUGAAGUGGGCGCAAAGUGGUAUCGAUUGCAACUCUGUUUUACAUUUUAGCUUAUAUUUUGAUUGCAAUACCAACUAUUUACAGCAAAUGUCAACAUAGCUUUUGUUUAAUUUUUUUCCAAGCAGCAUUUAAAGUCAUCAAGUGAGAAGUUAAUGAUCACAGUCACACAGUGUGGUUUGUUCCCAGCAUUUGUCAGUCAUGUCAAACCACAUCUAAUGAUACCUGACACCAUGUGAUUCCCAAACAAGUGUGAUAUAGUUACACAAUCUAAUUUGCAAAACGGAGACAGACGUGUUUUUCUGAACAUCUCUCAUUCAUCACUUUCAAGUCAUUGAUGAAUGUCUCAUAAAUAAAAGUCUCCUUGUUGUCAGCACAUUCAGCUUUAACAUCGUCCACUUUAAAGAUCUAUAUUACUGAUAUGUAUUCAACAACAAAAAAAAAAUAAUAGUAAUCAAUGGUGCUGAAGUGUAUAACUAAUGUUUUUAAAUUAACUGAGACAUGGAUGUAAGUUUGCACUGUUAUAUAUUUAGUGAGUUACACUUUUAGAGGUGAGUGGUGUGCUUGUUCAUUUACUUGUUUGCUUUUACUUUUGUGUUAUUGAUCCUGAUUGUGUGCGUGCAAGAAAAAGUACUGUCACUCUUAGAGACUCUUGUAAAAAAAAAAAAAAAAUAAUAGUUGAUGUGAGUCAUUUAUUUCUCUUGUAAAUAUAGCAGACUGAUUCAUGCUCCGGUAGAUGUCAAAGCCUCUCAGGACUGAAGUCCACAAUAUUGUGUCCAGUGGGACUGAUCAGAGUCUGCUCUCUGCCUAGGAUAGGUGCUUCUUUUCAAACCAGAAAGGCAGUUAAGUGGCCAAAAAUCGUGUCUUUACCCCAACUUAAGUCUCAUCAAACUUGGUUGUAUCUUUGGAAACAGCAUGACACUAUGUGCCAUAGGCAAACUCCGCCCUCUAGUGGCUCCAACUAGCACAGCACUUAGUGAAAGAAUUCCAGUUCCAUCUCUUCUGGUUUGUUUUAAGGACAAAUAUUUGUCUUUAUCUACUGCCUAUGUUUAUUUUUCCCCAUAUAAUUGAAUAUAAUUACUUUAUUUCUUCCAAAUCACCCUUUUACCUAAAACAUAGCUUUUAAUAUGAUUCCAAAAAUCACCAGAUUUUUUUUUUGCCUGUUUUAAAGGUAACUGUGAUGCUCCCUGUCCGAUCCUCAAGUGUGAUGCAUGUGUCUGAGGUGACGAGUGUAGUGUCUGCACACACAUGUACGUGUAAUGAACUCUGUUUGGUCUACUGCACUUUUCCUGGACUCGCCCUUUAAUUUGAAUGUGCCUGAAAUGUAGAGUUUUUGUUUGUGGGUGAAAGAAAGCAUGUAAAAAGGGAGACCAGGGUAAUAACAAGAGGUUACAGGUGAAUGUGUGUGCACGCAAAUUCAUAAUAAUAUAUAUCUCCUGCUGAAAAACUGUUAAUUUUUUCCCCUAUUUUGCUUUUUUUUUUAAUUUCGAAAAACUAAAACCUUUUUUUCGUCAUUUUUUGUCAUGAAAAAAGUCUAGUUUUAGGAGUGGAUGUCAUCGGAAGCUGUGAAGAUGGAUUGAUCACCCAAUGUGUUGAGCCUCUGUGAUGUGUCAGACUUAGAAGGGGACAGAAUGAGGCAGGAGACUAAUAGUUUUGAUGUAUAUGAAAACGACAAAAAUGUAUAAAAAAAAAACAACAAAUCAGUAGAAAUGCUUGUAUUUUCUCAUAUAGUUAUAAAAGAGUUGUUCAGCAUUUUAAACAAAAAAAGGCAAUGAAUGUUUGGGGAGUUUCUUGUUGUGCCCUCAGAUGAUGGCAGCUUAAAACAUCUGGGUUUUCACCCGUUUUACAUCUGAAUUACCCACCUCUCUUGCAAUAAAAAUGAAAUAUAUACAUGUAUAAAAUUUGGUGUACCUGAAAUCUGUAGAACUUGUGCCUUUCACUGUGUUUGCAUGGUUUUUGUGUUGCAUUUUUCCCUCCUAACAGUUGGAUACCUAACCAUUGACAGUCAAGAUCUAUGCAAAGAUGGGGGUGUUCCAGCAACCACUCAAAAUACACAAGUCUCUGCCCAUGAAAAAAAAAGAAAAAAAAAUACAAUUACCAAUACCUACAAUAAAUACUCAGGUUAACACCUGAA